GCGCUUGGAGGUAGCGGGCGCCGCUGGGUGGCCGCUCCCUGCGCCGCGUAUAAAGCUCUCCAUCCCUUUGCGCGCAGCUCCCCUUCUCUCUAGUGCUGUCAUCAGUCAGGGCGGGAUAUAAAGCAGUGAGAGAGCCGCGGCUCGGAGUGCCAGGACUGAGGAGGGAGGGGGGAGACCCUCUUUGUCCUGCCGAGAGAGGAACAGGAGGCUGCUCCCUCGCUGAACCAGGUUCAAUGGACUAUCUUUCAUUUGGAGGGACCCUAAUGGACAUCUUUUGUACUGAUUAAAGCUUAUACUUUUUUUUUCUUUUUUCUUUUGGAUUUAUCACAUUCAAAAGUUGUCCUAAUAGUUGACUGAAUCGGUGGAAGGAUGCUGCCAGCAAGAAGCUUGAACCAUUUGCAAAGGAAUUUUCUCAGUGGUUGAUAUAGUUAAAAGUUGGUUGUUCAGUAGGACAGUAGGAGGGACGAUCACUUGAAAUUUGAAAAUGAGUACUCCACUGGUUCCAAACAAGUCAUGUUACAAUUUACUGCAGGACAACAGAAACAAAAUGAAAAAUAACAAUGAAAACAUGAUGACUGUAGGAGACACAAAUGCCAACCAGAUCACAUCAGAAGUUAGAACCUCCAGAGAUGAAGUAAGGACAAAUGAUUUGUCAGGGUGUUUGAACACAGGUGAGGCAGAAAAUAUCACACAACUAGAUUCAGAGAGAAACAGACUUCAAGGUCCUAUUGGCAUACCAGACUUUAGGCUGCCUUCUGCCACCAGCAGGGAAUUUAGGACUGAUGGGGCUAAAGAUACCUCAAAGGUAGCCUCCAUCAGCCGGGGACAUAGUCUGUCCAAUCUGCGAAUGAGCACCAAUGAUGCUUUUUCAGUGGUUCUUUCAAAAAGUGAUGCUGACCUCAUUCGCCAUGUUUCAAAGGAUAAAAUACCAAGAAUGAUUGAGCCUGAAGGGAUAAAACGCCUUUCCUUGGGGAGGUCAAGGAAACUGAUGGCUAAAACAGAAGCCUUUGGGAAGGAAUUUAUUGGCCGUGUAUCAGGUAAGCGCUUGCUUUCGGCGUCCCUGGAUUCCAUUGACACCUCACAUCAUUUGCUUGGGGACACUGAGAAAUCUCAGAAAACAUCAGCAGACCAUUUUUUAGGCACAAUGUUUCAUCCAACUGAAAGCGCCUCAGAGGGAAACAUUGUGCGUUUUUCUAACCCAACUUCUACCUCAGAAACUAAGAAAACAAAUAUCCCCACAACACACAUGGGUGUGGACAAUGUACCAAAUUUCAACAAACAAAGCACAUCGCAUCCUGCUCAUGUAGAUCUGCAUUUAACCGUUAAGUCCAAUGAAAUUUGGAGUAGAUCAGAAGCACAAUUAGAUCAUCAUGGUGAUAAGAGAGGAAAAGCAGAGCUGAAAAAUCCUUUAUCUUCACAGUCUAAGGGUACAUGUCAGCAAAAAAUUGGCAGAAUUAUGCUGGUUGAGUUUCUCGGAUGUCAGAGGGAGGAAAAUAACAUUGUGGCACAAAAUAAAAAGGAUUAUGGGUCUGAAGUACACAAAGGAAAAUUGCUUCAGUUGCAAGAGCCUUGCAGUGCAGAAGAAGAUCUCUUCUUAAAUGAAGCAGUUGUCUCUGGCAGUGACAGGCUGGUAAGUGGAAAUAACUACCCUGGUUUAGGAAGAGGAAGUAGCCAAAGUGACACUAGAGCAGCAAAUCAAGCAAGUGAGGAAUACCUAGCUGAAAAAGAGGUAGAUUCUGUACUGCCACUUGCUGAUGAGAGCAAACACAAUGGUAAACUGACAUCAACAAGAAAUAAGAACAUAGAUGAUGCUGACUCAAGUUGUAUUCAAGCAGUUGGUGGGCAUAUGUCUUUUAUGCAUAACAUGAAUCUGCCUGACAGCAAACAUUUGAACCAUAAUGAAAGUAAACUGAUGCUAGUCAAAGGGAACGGAGAAAAUGCCGCAAUUCUCACCUCUGAUCUCCUGGAACAGCCCAAAGCGCAUAGUGCAGAAAAUAUUUCUGAUGAACAUUAUUCUAACAUCCAGGGCUGUGAAUUAGAGUCCACUAGCUUUCCGAGCAAGGUGACCGUUAUUACAAAGAAACAUAUUUCAAAUGACACACUGGAUGGCCAUAAAAUAUCAGGAACAGACACCUUUCUAUGUGCCCCAACUCCUUUGCGCCCCCUGGCAACUGUGAAUGUUAGUAAUCACUCUACAGUAUCAAACAGCAAUUUGAAGGAUCUGUAUGCACUUCAUGUUGACAAGCUCUCAUCCUCAGCAGUCCUACCUCCCACUGAUGGUCCAGAGUUGCUAAGCCUAUCCCCCAAAGUGCCUAACAAGACUGCCUGCAACAGUGGCAUCCCCAAGCCUAUUCUUGUAUAUUCCAAGGGCUCCCAUCCAGGCAAGGGUGAUGGGGAGAGUAAUUGCAUUGAGAAGCCUGAAGACAAUUUGGAGAUCAAACCAGACAUCCCCAAGCCCAAACAUGUGAGACCUAAAAUAAUCACUUACAUCCGGAGAAAUCCACAGGCCAUUGGCCAGCUUGACCACCCUUUUGCCCCACCUGGAUUACCCUAUGUUUCCCCUGCCUGCAGUAUGCCAAUGGCAAAGGAGCAGAAGACUUCAAAUGAUGGAGAUAUCAAACCAGCCAAUGUUCUUUAUGACAAAUUUAAACCUGACUUGCAGAAACCACGGAUUUACAGUUCUGGACUUGUGGUGUCUGGCAUUAAAUCCUCAGGACAUCAUUUCGGUCAAAUGGGUGAAAAGUUUCUCCAAGAGGUUGGGGAAAGGCCUGUGAAAGAAGAAUAUUGCCCUCCACCAUAUACCCACUAUGAGGUGCCUCCAAGUUUUUAUCGCUCUGCCAUGAUACUUAAGCCCCAGUUAGGGCUGGGUGCAGUGUCUAGGUUACCGUCUGCAAAAAGCAGGAUUUUGAUUGCAAGUCAAAGGUCUUCAGGGAGUUGCAUCCAUCCACAAGGGCCAAUAACCAGUUCUCCUACACUUUUCCAUCCCGAUGCCUCAGUGGAUCUUAAAAAAGGUCCAAAUCCAAAUGCUGCGAAGUCAAAUCUUCCCAAGCCAUGCCAGUCUGGACUUCGCCCUCCUGGCUACUCCCGGUUGCCAGCAGCGAAACUGGCAGCAUUUGGUUUUGUCAGGAGCUCGAGUGUCUCCUCGAUCUCAAGUAACCAGUCAAAUGACAGCGUUCAGAGUGACCAAAGCAGGCCUGCCAACCGUUCAAGCUUUGGAAAUGAAGAGCAAACGGCUCCUAAGGCAGCGGAGCCUUCGAAAGAAGCACCAAAGGGGACCAGUAGAGUUGCACUGCAGGCAUCAAACAGCACACCAGCCGCCCGGAGGAGCCUCCUUCCAGCACCGAAGACGGCGGCAGCACCUGCUGGCUCGAAAAAAGAAGUACAGAAAGAUCAAGAGGCGAACAGACCCACCAUUUCAUCGCCUAAGAGACUAGUAGUGACUGCUACCAAGCUCCACUCACCAGGACAUCCUAAACAAAGGUCCUUUGUCCCAAGGAAUGGAUUUUCCACAAAGCCUGAUCUGCAGUCUCGAGAAGCUGAGAGGCAGUUUAUCCAGCAAAUGAAGGAGAAGUGUGAGGAACAAGCCAAGCAACUCAGCCGUAUCCAGGAGGAACUUAAGAGAACAAGCUACGGCUUUGAUGUCUUUGUUGUAACAACACAAUAUUUCUUUAGGAAGAACGAAAGUGCCCUUGUGAAAGAAAAGGAGCUCUCAGCAGAACUUGCCAAUAUCAGAGAUGAAGUUGCCCUCAAUGCAGCAAGAUAUGAGAAAUUACAAAAAGAGAAGGAGGAGCUGGAAAGGAGGUUCGAGAGCAGGCUGAAGAAGCUCAGUUGGCAGCAGCAGGAAGAGCUCCAGGCCCUUGAGGAGCGGCUGCAGGUUCAGUACAGUGCUGAAAUAGACCACCUGCAAGAGGAACAUGGGACCCAGCUGGUCAGGAUCAAGAGCCAGCACCAAGAGCAGGUGGAAGACAUUACAGCUACUCAGGAAGCGACCGUGUUAGAGAUGGAAAAUAGCCACACAGUUGCAGUUGCAAUGCUUCAGGAUGAAUAUGAGCACAGAGUUCAAGAAUUGAAACUGGCCCAUGAACUGGAAAAGAAAGAACUGGAAGAGAACUUUGAGAAGCUGCGUCUGUCACUCCAGGAUCAGGUAGAUACCCUCACUUUUCAGAGCCAUUCUCUAAAGGACAAGGCAAAACGAUUUGAAGAGGCAUUAAAGAAAAAUACUGAAGAACAACUAGAGGUUGCACUAGCUCCCUAUCAGCACUUAGAGGAAGACAUGAUUAGCCUAAAGCAGGUUUUGGAGAUGAAGAAUCAACUAAUUCAUCAACAGGAAAAGAGGAUCAUGGAACUAGAAAAGUUGGCUGAAAAGAAUUUAAUACUGGAAGAAAGAAUCCAGGUGCUUCAACAGCAAAACGAAGACCUCAGAGUCAGGAUUGAUCAAAACACUGUGGUGACAAGGACUGAGCCUGCAUGCAAAGCCAGUGCUCUGCCACUGAGACAGUUAUCUGAAGAAAAUGCAAAUCUCCAGGAAUAUGUUGAAAAAGAGACGGAGGAAAAAAAGAGGCUGAGCAGGACGAACGAGGAGCUGCUGUGGAAGCUUCAGACUGCUGAGCCCAUGAGCCCCGUGAAACUGUCUCCGACCUCGCCGACGCGUAUUUAUCGCUGCUCCUCAGGACCUCCUACCCCUGCUAAAGUCAGCACAGUGCCAAGAUGACAGGCUCAUGCAGCUGGUGGCACUGACUUGCCCUGACCAUGUCCCAAUCUACUGAAUGUUAUCGUCCGAGAAAGUAUUAGCCACAGUAUAAGUAGAUAUCCAGGGUCCGUUAUUCUAUCAGCAUGCUCUCUAGCUGCAUAGCUGCAGACGACUAGGCAGUAUACUCUUGUGGUUCAAACAUCAGAAACCCCUAGGAUUGGCACAUUGUUGCCCUCAAAUAGCAUGUCCAGUGUAAGCUGAUGUGUGGAAAUCACUACCAGGGUUAGAGCCAACAGCAAGAGACAACUCGAUUAUUACUUCUCGUUCACUCAGAAUGAACUUUUCGCUGCAGUUUUUCAGGUUAGUUGCAAGUUCAAGUUCUGAACAGCUCUGUGUAUGUGCGUGUGUGUCUGCAGCCAGGUAUGGAUCAUCCUGGCAUCCAUGCACAGAGGCGCACAGAAGGCACGCCUAUACACACCUAACUAUGUAGCGGAAGCUGUUCUGAACUGCGUUUUUUUUAAUAUGUGAACAGAUUCUACAAAAGUGCUGAUAUUUUUUCAUGACCGUCAGCAAUUUUCUAACUUGUGCCUAAGACUUAUACUGAAAUGAAAUGCAUUUUCUUUUCGUCAAAGCUUCCCAGGAAUAUUUCUAUCCAAACUAAAAGCAAGUUACACAGAAGUAGAAGCACCUUCCAAAUGGCCACCAAGUGGUACAUUUUCUCAAGCAAAACACCAGCGUCUUUGAAAUUCUGAAAUAGUUACUGCCUUCAAACAUGAUUGCUUUUUGAUCAAUGACGGACAUGGUUAUUCAUCUAUCUCCCCAGUCAAAAUUAGAAUGCUUCCUGCUGUUGGAAGUAUCAGAUAAACAGGCCUCAAAUUUUAUAGCCCUCUGUUUUAUUUGUCAGGUUGAGUCCAUUUUAGCCAACUGUGAUCAUUUUAAAGUACAUUUUUAAAGCUCUUUGAUAUGGUAGCAAGGCAAUAUACAUAUAAAUGUAAAUUUAUACAUUUGUUCCCUCAGAUAGUUUCUUUUUUUAAAACCAUGGUAAGAUGGCCUGGAAAAGUUCUUCCACACAAGUUUGCCUGAGAAUACAAGGUAUUCUGGAUGUGCUACACCAGGGACAGGCAACCUUGGCACUCCAGCAGCUACUGAACUACAACUCCAAUCAUCCCCUGCCACAAUUUAUUGGGAGUUGUAGUUCAGCAACAGCUGGAGAGGCACAGUUGCCUACCUCUGUUCUACAUGCACAUUUUGUCCUCCAUCAUGUAUAACAAAGCCUAGUUCUGCUGAUAACAGAGCCAGGCUGUUUCUCAUACAGCGGGCUGGUCCAAGCAAUCCAUUGGUGCAUCAGUAGUUUUAAUGACAGCAAUGAAGCAGCAUGUAAUCUAGGGAUGCAUGACUUGGGCCCUCCAACUGUUUUUGGACUACAACUCCCAUAAUCCCCAGUCACAGUGGCCAGUAGUUAAGUAUGAUAGGAGCUGUAGUUCAAUGUUUGCAGGAGGGCCAAGUGUUCCGCUAAUCUAAGGUAAGUGUCCCAGAACCCUCCUUGCAAUGUUGACCAGGUUGCUGGACUUCUAUUCUGUGUGCCAUCAGUAUCCUCUGCAACAUUCCAAAGGAUCCUGGGGUGCAGCUCUCAACUUCAAUAAGUAAAAUAGUCUUCAGUUGGCUGCGGGCACAGAAAAAUAAUCACCACCGCACCAAACCGCGGGAUAUAAUAUCUCUGUCUUUGUUACAGUCAUAGGACCACAAAGGACAUCGAGCUGGUAGAAUGUAGGCUAGUUUCCCAGAGAGUAAAGUAGCAGUCUGUAUAGUGUUAGGCCUUGAGAAGGUUCUUAAAAAUGAGUUAGACAAUGAGAAUCCAACCCAAAUCCCUUAUUGUCUUUGAUGUGAUAGAGGUGGGGUUCCAGCAGUUGUGUCAGAUUUGUUAGGCUUAGCCCGUGAAAACGUUGAACGUAGCAUCGGACAGUUGUGGAGCAUGAAUCAUCCAAGCAAAUGAAAUAUUGUUUUCUUUAUAUCCAUGUGAUACUUUGGUUCUCAGUUGAUGGACAGGCGUCAAAACAUAGAGUACAAUCCUUCAUGUUCACUUUAGAGUCCCUUAAAUCCAGGACAGCUCAACGUGCCAAAACACACUGAGUCAAAAAGCAGGAGUGUUGUCCUCAGUGAGCUGGGCACAUUAGCGACUCCUAGUCUGAAGUCCACACAAGCACCUGGGGUCCAGCACAACUGCUUGAUGUUUGUCUACAGGACUUGAUAGUAAUCUAGGCCCAAAACAUAGGCUGCAGUUGGACAGCCAACACUGUUAGUGCGCCACAAGCCUGUGGCCCAAUACCAUGAUGUACAAAGGUUAAUUUCUUUUUUAAGAGAAAUUUAUUUUUAUAGCGGCCUUGCAUGAUACUGUGAUACAGAGUACAUCCUAGAUAAGCUCAUGUCAUUUUAGUUGAGUAUCACAAACAGGUCUAGAUUUGCAUAAUGGGCAACAGAGAGUAGGAUAGUUGUGACCAUGACUCACUGGUAUAAUUUUAGCCACGCUUUCAUACUGCACUUGCUAAAGGCACAGAUGACACCACAGUGCACCUGUUUCAUUGUUACAUUGCAGUCUUGUAUAAUGUUGGUUCAUGCAAGAUAUGUUCCUAAGAUGGUGAUAAAUUUGCAUUUGCUUAUGUUGCUCUGUAGACAGUGUAUUCAUCUCCACUUCUGGACUAGUGGAGCCAGGCUGUGGAUAGGUGGGAGGGGAUGGGGUAGGGGCUGCUUUGCCCAUUGUCUUAUCUGUUCAUGCUGCUUUCCUCAUCUGUUCAUUUAUCACCUUCAUAUACAAUAAAUGCUUCCAGAUAUGAAUUAAGAUUUUAGGCGUUAGUGGCAGGGAACUGCCUUCAAGUUUCCUUUUUUGCCAUUUUCAUGAUAAUGUCAAAUCACCAGUUACAUUGCUCCGAUUUAUUUGGUACAGAUUGUAGAUCCCUGCUUCUUCCAAACAGGUAAGGACUAGAAUCCUAACUUCCUUUUCAGGUGUCUUUAAAACACAGAGAUACUAGGUAUGUCUUUGUAAGGUCAGCUGCAAUUGUGAAACCCAUGUUUUGCUGAAGCACAAGGACUUUCUCCAACUUUCACAAAUAUUCUACUCCAGUCUAGCCUUUUCUGACUUCUAAAAUAUAAAAUUAGAACACAACUUUUUCUACAUUGACUACAUUAAAGGAUUCCUUAAAUCCAUUAAUAUGCUGUAGAAUCCAUAGGAAAGUAAAGUGUGCCAUCAAGUUGAUUCUGACUCCUGGCACCCAGAGAGCUCUGUGGUUUUCUUUUGGUAGAAUACAGGAGGGAUUUACCAUUACCUCCUCCCACACAGUGUGAGAUGAUGCCUUUCAGCAUCUUCCUGUAUUGCUGCUGCCUGAUAUAGUACCAGUGGGGAUUUGAACUGGCAAGCUUCUGCUUGUUAGUCAAGCAUUUCCCCACUUUGCCAUACAGUAGCCUAAAAACAAACUUUUUAUUUUUAAGCAAUUAUCUUCCAUUGUCACCUUAAAAAAAAAAAAGGCUUAUGAAAAUGGCAGCCUAGGGACUGUUUUUCCUUCAUGGAAUGUUCCUUUCUUUUGAGCAGCACGCUAUAGACAAUUACCCAUUUUUCAGCCCUUAAAUAUCCAAGUAUUGGGGGAAGAGGAGGCACCUUAUGUAUGUUCUUAGGUCAUACAAAAUAAACCAGGUGACCAUAGCUGAGAUUCAAAGAAAAACUAGCUCUUGGACAUCUGAGGAGACUUUGGUAUUGUUUCUCAAGCAGCAGCCCCACCCCUGCCAAUUGCACAUAGCAAGCCAGUUUUGAAAUAAAGGGGAUUUUUAAAAAACAAGCAGUUCAUAAUAGGAGAUGGGGGAAGGAUUGACUGUAACAGUUCAAGAAACCGAAGUCAACAAUCCCAGUGGCCAGGUCCAGAUCCUUGAGAUCUCAGCUGGAAUCUCAGCCCAUGCAAUCUGCUCCACUGACAACAGUGAAGGAGGCACACACAGGUUAUAAGAAGGGCACAACCAACCAAAAAUGUUAAGCUGGCAGAGAACAUGUGGGAAGUGGGGAAUUUUUAGAUCAAGUGUUGUGCAAAGCGAGAGUAACAUCCCUCUCCUUCCAGUUUUCUGAGGCACUAGUCUGGGAAAGACUGCACUGUUUGUUGCAAGGAGGACUGUAGCACUGGCCAAGGUAGCCAUCACUACCUUCUUGGGACUAUUCUCCUUAAAGGCCUGCCUGUUUUCUCCAGGAAGCCACAGUUUGUCCCCACAAGAGCCUGGAUGUGAUGAAGUGUGGACAAAUGAUUCACUCAGUUCUUCUCACCAUGAUCUCAUAUCACAUCCAAAGUCCAUAGAUGUUUAUUCCUCUUUUCCACCCCCACCCCACAACCCAUGCUUUGGGAUGUGCAAGGGAGACCACGCACCACUGAGUUUCAGAUAAGUGGAGGCACCAUGAAGGGAACCAUACUUUUGCUCUAUGUCCUUCCCAAACUGGCUCAGGAUUUCUCUUUCCCAGAAGUCCUCCAAGGCCUCCCACUCAACAAGAGUCUUCCUGAGAAAUUAGAUCGCAGGGCCCUGCUGCUUUAGGAACCUUGAAGGUCCUGCAAAAGUUCCCAAUUGAAAAACUAAUGCAUGGAGGAGCAAAAAGGAAAAUGUUUUCUUCUCUUGUGCUACAUAUGAAACAUUAUUCAGAACUUUGAAGAAAUAUUUGCAUAAACUGCAUUUCUCACCAAUAAAAUUAGCAGAUACUGAAUGGCAAAAAUCACUUUUCAAUUAACAAUCAAUAACCCGAAUCAGGUAUUUUGUGUCUCUCUGCACUGAUUGCAUUUGUGUCCCAUGGACACCUUUCGGCUCCUUGUGUAAAGUUCUCCCCACUCCAUGCAGUAGGAGGUUUGCGGUCUAACUUAAUGUGACUAUUUGAAUUACAGGAAAAAGAGUUUGUAUUAUUUCCGUUACAGUGUACAGGUGUGUGUAAUAUAUUAAUGACAAUAAAUACAUGCUCCAGCA